AUGAUAAGCCGUGCACUGGGACCAGAGUUUGGUGGGGCCAUAGGACUCCUGUUCUUUUUUGCCAAUGUUUUCUCGGCUGCCUUGUAUGUGGCUGGGUUUGUGGAGGGCUUGCUGUCCAAUUUCGGACCUGGAGGAACCCUUAAUCUUGAUCCACCUCUUCCUGAAGAUGACAUUAAUGCCAGCUUCAAGGGAUACUCCUAUCUCUAUGCUACUGUGGUGCUGAUUUUUUGCCUCAUUGUCUGCAUGAUAGGGGGAGCCAUGUUUGCCAGGACGAGCUUGUUUAUUUUGAUGGUUGUAGUUUUGUGUACUUUGAUGGUUAUUAUCAGCACAUUUGUGAAACAAGCCUCGGAACUCCCCAUACCCAUUCCUAUACCACGGACCAAUACGCUGGUUUAUCCUGAUGUAAACAAUGUCACUGAAAAUGUGACCACCGUCUUUUACAAUUAUACUGGAUACAGUAUUCACACUUUCAUGGAGAAUUUAUUUGGCAAGUACACUGCUGACUACACCAACCCUAAGGUGAUUCAGAACUUUGCCAUUGUGUUUGCUGUACUGUUUAGUAGUGUCACAGGAAUCAUGAAUGGUUCAAAUAUGUCAGGUGGGUAA